GGGCCUUUUACGUUUUAUCUGAUCCUUUUUUUUACGGUGCUUUUUCCUAUAAAAACUCACUUGAAUCUCCUCAAAUUUCAACCAAAGUUUAUUUUAUUUUAUUUUAUUUUGUUGUUGAAGAAGAAAAAAUAAAAUUAAAAAAAAUAAAAUGGAAGGAACAAAAAAAACUAGCAGUUCUUCAUUUACUUCUGAUCUUUUUGGUUCUAAAGAAACUUCAGCUUCUUCAUCUUCUUCAAUUUUUGGUUCCAUUUUCCCUCCUUCCAAGGGACAUGGAUCGAUGAAUUCGGAGCAAUUGAAGCAUGAUCCUGUGAUUCAGGAUAGAAAUGCUAAAGGUGGAUACUCAGGAAGUACUCCUACUAGCAAUGAAGCUUCCAGCCAGCAGGCUGCACAAAACAAGCAGCCGAGUUCAUUUUAUCAGAACGAAAAAGUACAGCCAUGCCAUCUUAGCUCAUCGAUAUACUACGGGGGCCAAGAUGUCUAUUCAUUUCCCCAAAAUAAUAAUCAGAGCUCUACAUACACAACUUUCAGCAAAGAUAAUGGAGAAGAUGAUUCUGGCAGUGCGUCUCGAGGAAACUGGUGGCAAGGGUCUCUUUACUACUAGAGCUCACCACCAAUGACAUGGAUGUUACAUAUUUUCAAAGGAAGUUAAAGAUAUAGAGAAGCAGUUAUCUACCUCAAAUAUUAAAGAUGGAUGAUUACUAGUAAUUAGCCAAAGAGACCAGUAGUUGGUUGAACACUACAGAUUAUAAUUAUAAUAAUAUUAGUAUAUGUAAUUGGUAGUUAAUUAGUCUUUUUCUGUUACAUGUAAAGGAUUAUAGACCUUAUGCACUUUGCUUUAUAAUGUGAAGACAAUGUUUAGGAACUAGCUUACAACUUUUGUGCCUAUGGACUUUUUUUUGUUUGGGUAAAAGAGUUUCUUUACUCCUUUAAAUUUGUGUCAAGUUUAAUUCCAAACAACAACAAUAUGUUCAGUGUAAUCUCAUAAGUGGAAUUUAGGUCUCAUUGACUUGAGCGGA